AUGAGUGCUGCUCCUGAUCCGGAAAAGGGCCAUGCUCGACGCAGCUCAGACAUUGAGCGACCCCUGUCGCACGGCUCUCAUUCCUCACAUCACGACGACGACGAAGGAGAGGAAAAGGACAGCACAUCCAAUCACGAGAAAUUCGGCCAGCGAGACGACACCACUGCCGCCCACCAGAACGACCUGAUCACGGCCGCGACCUUUGGCGAGCCAUCGGGCGACGGCAUCUUUGCGUGCGAAGACCAGUGUGCGCCCUGCCGAACUCGGUCCCGCGCCUCGUCACUACGCUCCCGGGUGGCCGUCGUCGUGCCCCGGGCCAAGCGGCGGGGCUUGUUUGGACGAUUCGCCCUGAUCCCCGAGGUCGAGUCCCCGUAUGACUACACGAACUCGACCAAAUGGACCAUCACGGCGGCUAUCGCCAUGGCCACGGCAGGCGCCCCCAUGGGCUCGUCCGUCUUCUAUCCCGCCUUGCCAUCUCUGUCCAAGGAUCUUGGAACGACACAAACCGUCGCCAACAUGUCAGUGGCCCUGUACAUGCUGGCCAUGUCCAUCUUCCCGCUCUGGUGGUCCUCCUUCUCCGAGCAGUUUGGCCGUCGGACCAUCUACCUCACCUCCUUCGCCCUCUUUGUCGUCUUUGCCGUCCUCUGCGCCGUGAGCACCAAUAUGACCAUGCUCAUUGUCUUCCGCCUCUGCACGGGUGGCGCUUCGGCCAGCGUGCAGGCUGUCGGUGCAGGCACAAUCGCCGACAUCUGGGAGUCCUUUGAGCGGGGCAAAGCCAUGAGUCUGUUCUACCUCGGUCCUCUGCUGGGACCCCUCCUCGCGCCCAUCUUUGGUGGUAUCCUGGCCCAAGAGCUCGGCUGGCAGUCGACAAUGUGGUUCCUCGCCAUCUACGGGCUGUGCUGCUUCCUCCUCUUGUUCUUCUGCCUGCCCGAGACGCUGCCCAGGAAACGGGAGGAGCCGGCCUCCCCGCCACCUGCCACACUAGAACGGACAAGCUCGAUGGUAUCAGCCAAGGUCAAGACGCGCAAGCUGACGGCCGCGCUGAAGCGCUUCUUCAUCGACCCGCUGAGCGUCCUCCUGUUCCUGCGCUUCCCGCCCGUCUUGAUCACAGUGCUGGUCGCCGCCAUUGCCUUUGGCGCUCUGUUCGUCGGCAACAUCUCGAUCCAGCGCGAAUUCUCCAACGCCCCGUACAACUACAGGCAGCUCAUCGUGGGCUUUCUGUAUGCCCCGCCAGGCUUGGGCUACAUCACGGCCUCCUUCUUUGGCGGCAAGUGGAUCGACAAAAUCAUGGCGAGGGAAGCCAAAAAGGCCAACCGGUACGACGAAAAGGGCAAGCUCAUACUGCUGCCCGAGGAUAGGAUGCGGGAGAACAUGUGGAUUGCCAACUCUGUGUACCCCCUGUCGCUGCUGGGCUUUGGCUGGACGCUGCGGUACGGGAUACACUGGGCAGUGCCAUCCGUUUUUUUGUACUUUUUUGGUGUGUCGUCCAUGCUUGUGUUUGCCGCUGCCACCACCAUGCUCACCGAGUUUGUACGCAAGAAGAGCUCGGCUGGCGUGGCCGUCAACAACUUUGUGCGCAACAUUCUCUCGUGUGUGGGGACCGUCGUUGCCAACCCCUGGAUCAACGCCGUGCGUGUGGGCUGGGUGUUUACAACCAUCUCGCUGUUCUGCCUGGUCGCUGGGUUUCUGGGCAUUUGGACGUUGAGGAGGAAUGCCCAGAAGUGGCGAGAGGCAAUGGACAAGGCGCUGGAGAAUAUAUAG